AUGCAAAGGGGAAAAUGGCUUUUUUUCCUGCCGCCGCCGGACAUGGAUCGGGUAUGGCCGGAGCUCGUCUGGGCACUGAACAGCGGGGCACUGGGAGAUGCGCGGGCUAUGACGGUUGGACCCGGUGAUGAGGGAGAUUACCUCUGCUGCGUUUACAUGGGCAAUUGCUUUGAUCCUACGGAGGCAGAGAGUGUCCGAAGCGGCUUGCAGGCCGUUCUAAGCGGCCUGGUCACCAAAGUCGUCCUGCACCUGAAGCCAGAUUUAUAUGCUUGCUGCCAGAUCUACCGCGGGAACCCUUGGAAUCUCUCACCAACCUUGGCCACUUGCAAGAUUCAAUGCUCUCAGGACAGGACUUUGCAAGUUCCUCAGCCGCUCGUACAUCCUUACCGGCAUGACCGAGAGCAGCUCGCACGUCUCCUGCAGGCUGUGGAGGAGACCAUGGAAAUUCCUCCUCUGCUCCUUGAGAAAGCUGACUCCCGAGCCAUGCUGGAGUCGCUGCACGCUGUCGCUUUGCAUCCCAAUGGUGACUUCCCCAUAAUCAAGAUGUGUGCCGUGCUAAAGGAGUCCGAGCAUGAUCGGGGGCCUGGUGGAGGAAGCCCGGGCCAAGGUUCUGGGAGUUCGCAGUCGUGUGUUUGCCUACUCGGAGUUCAUGCGCGUGCACUUGGCCAAUGCCCAUCUUCUCGGCAGCCUCUGUAUGCAUGA